UGAGCAUGCCUCGCCUAGAAAAGGGAGGAGAAACUCAGCCUGGGACAGCCUUAUAAAUCACUGGUGCCUCGGCUUAGAGCACACACUGCAGACUACUGGAAGGAAGGAAAGACAGUCUUCGAUGAACUUCUGGAAAAACGCCAGACCAACAAUGACAAGAACCAUCAUCGUCUUACUGAUUACUCUGUCCUGCCUGGGCUGUGCACGCACCUGCAAGACCUCUGUAAUGCAGUAUGCCCACAAUGGGACGUGCUGCACACGGUGUGACCCGGGUACCAAGGUUAAAGCUCACUGCGGACCGAACCGCGGGUCUACCUGUGAACCCUGCGAAAGCGGGACGUUUUUCAGCCAAAAAAAUUCGGACACCAAGUGCCAGAACUGCUCCCAAUGCCUAAGCGAGAAGGGUCUGUACACCACGCAGGACUGCAGGUCCACCUCGGACACUGUGUGCGACUGCCUGGAGGGGUACCACUGCCUCAACAUGACGGAGAAGGGCUGCAGCCACUGCGAGAAGCACUCUGCUUGCCAGCCGGGGUAUUUCAUCAAGCGGCCAGGAACAUACCGGAAUGACACGUGGUGUGAGGAGUGUCCUAACAAUCAGUGUCCAACAGAGGUGUGUGGCUGCAAUGUGUGUGCUAUGCUGUGGAUCAUUGUGGGGUCCCUGAUUUGCUUUAAUAUCGCCAUCGCUGCCGCUGUGAUUCUGUGCCUCAAAGGGCGGGCUAAGAAGUCUAAGAAAGCUUCGCAGUAUGGAGAACCGUUUGCGAGUACCGCGGGACAAGACAGCCUUGUAGCCAUCAUCACAGGUCAUGAUACUGCAGCAAGACAAACGGGCUAAUAAGGAGAACGUUAUUGGUGAGUAACUAAAUGUUUCUGAAUUUAUUGCGCACUAAUGUGUGUGUGUGUGUGUAUAUAUAAUAUAAAUAUUUCUGCACACCAAGAACAAGAAAAUGAUUGAACAUUGAAAAGGCAGUGAGGCCCACAGAGGGGAAAACAACCAAUCAUAAGCAAAUGAUAGACAGGUAGAUAGACAGACAGGUAGAUAAAAUAACACAAAAAACUUUAAGAAAAGAGAAAUGAGAAGUGUUUCAGAAAGUAGACCAAUAUAUUGAGGCCAUUUCAGACAGCUAAAAUAAUAACACUGUGUGGGUGAAACGUGAGAAUUGGAGUGGUUGCAGCCAUUGCUAACGUCCCGGUUCUGUCUUGCAGCUGCACUGUGUGUGUGAGUGUGUGGCUGAAUGAUUGAAAUCCCAGCAGGGAUCGGCAUUGACGCUGCUGCGGCCAAGUCUACUCCCCACUUAAGAAGGAGAAAAACCUGCAGACAUCCUGGGAGAGAAGCGAGGCUCACUGUCCCAGGAAAGACAAGGAAGCUGCAGCAGAAUCGCUCUGGUCAUUUUAUGGAUUGGAGCUGUUCUGUACUUCCGUUAGCAUCACGGGUCUCAAAUGGGCCGUUUGUUGUUUUUUUUUUUUUUAAAGAAACGCGUGUUACAGCAGACAUAGAUUUACAUUUUCAACCUUUUUGCAGCAUUUUAAAGCACCUGGGGCUGCGCUAGGGCGUUCCCAGCGGGUUGGUACAAUCCGCAAGUCCGUGACAUGACUGGGACUUGAAGUGGGGGUGGUGGGGAGCCUUUCCUGGAGGUGUAAAAUCUGGAACCUAAGAAAAAUAAAUAAACUUGCCCCGUUUAGUGGGGGUAAGUUGUCUUAGUCUUAAACAAAAAAAAAAAAAAGUACAACUAGGUGAACGGUAAAGACUUCACUAGAGUUAGAUGCUGAGCUGAGACAGCCAGGGCACGCUGUUAAUAAGCGGGCUGUGUACAGCAAUUCCGUCAAGUUUUGAAGAGAUUGAGACAGUGGCAGGGGAGACCGGGGCUGGAUGUCACACUUUUUAGUCUUUUAUUAUUUUCGUCAAUCUGGUGACAUGCUGCGAGGUUCUGUUCCUCGUUUAUAUUGAUUGUUUUAUUUAUUUAUUUAUUUAUUUCAGCAUAACUUUAUUCCAAAUAUGAUAUUUAGACGGUUGAAAAUGCGCCGGUCACCCGUGACAACCUGCCCCGUACUGGGGUUGGGUGUCCCAGCGUGUGUUCUUGCUUUUACGGUAGACAAUAAUGCAACAUUUUUAGGGUUUUUUUUUUUUUUUUUUUUU